AUGGACAUGGUGCCUGAUGCUUUUGAUGACCAAUAUAUAGGAUGUGCUAAAGAAAUGGAUGGAAAAGUGCCUGGACUGUUAGAGAAAGAAAAGCCCAUGUCCUUGCUAUUUAGAACAGUGUGGGAUGCCUCAGAAGGAAACUGGCAAAAAGUAAAACCAGACCUUUCUCUCCCCCCGGAUUUUAAGGAUGAGCAUGGAAGAGCCAUAGUAGCCUAUACUGACAAUGCCUUUUACCGUGUCUUUAAUGAUGCAGUAAAAAGUACUGGGACAUCUCGAGAUAACUACAUGACGAGUUUUCAUUUCAAAGCCUUUCAUUAUUAUUUGACAAGAGCCUUACAGCUCUUACGAGGGAAGUGCGAUGAGACGUACAAAAUGGCGGUGUACCGGGGGGUUACAGACAUUAGAUUUCAGUACUCGGGAUCAGACCCCAUUAGGUUUGGACAAUUUGCCUCUUCAUCAAUUCAGAAACAAGUGGCUGAAGUAUUUGGCACAGACACAUUUUACACCAUCCACACGUGCUUCGGCGUUGACAUCAGGAACUUCUCAAAAUAUCAGGAGGAGGAAGAAGUGUUAAUCCCAGUCCAUGAGAUGUUCUACGUGGUUCCAGAAAAAGGGAGUAAAAUUAACAGCUACAUCCUCCGGAGCACAAACCGGACCUGCAGCCACUUUAACUGCGCGUACCUGGGAA